AUGUUUGCCGUAGUAGUUCCUGUUGCCGCUUGUAGCGCAUCGUUGCUCGUCCCUUCGAUACAAACCAAGGGAUUAAUCCGCUUGCCGUUGUCGCAAGGCGUUGCAGCAGCAACAUCGCCCUUUGUCGGCUCCUCGCUGCGGCGAUUGCACUCGAAUCCGCGCAUCGCGGAGAGCCAAUUGCCCCACCACCAACCGCUGCAGACCCGCGCCGAAUUCCAAACCCCAGGGCCCUUGCUACGCACUCUCAGGCGCUUCUUUACCGCCGGCGGCGCAGCAGCAGCGGCUGGUGCGGGCAUGGAGAACGCGUGGGCGCGCGAAGGGCGGGCGGCGGUGGCGGUGGUAACCGGGACGAAUAAGGGUAUCGGGUUCUACAUCGCGCGGGGAUUGGCUGGCGAAGGGAUGACUACAGUGCUCACCGCCCGCGACCCGGGUCUGGGGCAGGAAGCUGUGAAGAAGCUUCAGGGGGAGGGACUCCAGGGGGUGGAGUUUCAUCAGCUGGAUAUCAGCGACCAAUCAUCAAUCGACAGCUUUGCACGAUGGCUCAAGGAUACGCAUGGGGGUUUGGACGUGCUAGUUAACAAUGCCGGGAUGGCUUAUAAGGGGAACACGUUCGGAGCAGAGGAGGCGAGGAAGACCAUUGACACCAACUACAGAGGCACUCGAGCCGUGUGUGAGGCGCUGCUGCCCCUGCUGCGCCCCUCCAAAGCGGGGGCGCGCAUAGUGAAUGUGGGCUCCAGUGCAGGGAAGCUCCGCAUCGUCUCCCCCGCACUCAAGGCCCGCUUCACCAGUCCGACCCUCACAACUGCUGAGCUGGACGCACUAGCGGAGGAGUUUAUAACGGGGAUAAGCGAGGGCACGUAUAAGGGAGCAGGGUGGCCCGAGUCCAUGUACGGCAUAUCGAAGCUCCUAGAGAACGCCUACACGCACGUGCUUGCCAGACAGGUGGAGGCGCGGCAGGAAGGCGAAAAGGUGUUAGUGAAUGCGUGCUGUCCCGGGUGGUGUGCAACGGACAUGUCGUCAUGGCGCGGCCGCAAGACAGCCGAGGAGGGUGCCGACACGCCCAUCUUCCUGUCGCUCGAGGGUGAAGACACCCCCAUCUUCCUGGCAUCGGUGGCGCCUGAGAAGGCGGGUGCAGGGCAGUUUUAUGCUGAUCGGACGAUAGAGGAGUUUUAG